CGGCGCUACGGCGGCCGCCGAGGGUCCCCCGAGCGCGCGCCCCCGGCCGUGUCGAAGGCGGCCGCCCCGCGCUGCCCGCCCGGCUCCGCCCGCCCGCCCGGGAUGCGGCCCCGGCGGCCGGGCCGGGCAUGAGGGACGGCGGGGGGGCCGCGCCCAGCACCGGCACCCGACGGCACCCGGGCACCGGCGGGGCUCCUCCUCGCUCUCUGCUAUGGACAGUGCCAUCACCCUGUGGCAGUUCCUCCUCCAGCUGCUCCAAGAGCCCCAGAACAAGAACAUCAUCUGCUGGACCUCCAACGACGGGGAAUUCAAGCUGCUGCAGGCAGAGGAGGUGGCCAGGCUCUGGGGGAUCCGCAAGAACAAGCCCAGCAUGAACUAUGAUAAACUCAGCCGGGCGCUGCGCUACUACUACGUGAAGAAUAUCAUUAAGAAGGUGAACGGGAAGAAGUUCGUGUACAAAUUCGUGUCGUACCCAGAGAUCCUGAACAUGGAUCCCCUCGUGGUGGGCCGGAUCGAGGGGGACCCCGAAAUGCCCGGCUUUGGGGAGGUCACCAGCACCCCCAAGGACGUGGAAAACUGUGGCAAGGAGAAAUCCCAGUCCUGUGCUAAGUCCUCCAGCCGUAAUGACUACAUCCACUCAGGCCUGUACUCCUCCUUCACCCUCAACUCCCUCAACUCCUCCAGCGUGAAGCUCUUCAGGUCCAUCAAGAUUGAGAACCCUGCCGAGAAGCUGACGGAGAAGAAACCUCAGGACCCCACCCCUUCUGUCAUCAAGUUUGUCACCAUGCCCUCCAAAAAGCCUCCCUCUGCCCCUCUGGUCUCCACCACUUCAGCAGUGGCUGUCACCUCCACGGCUCCUGCCACCCCCGCCGUGUCCUCCUCGCUUCCCCUGGGCUCUGAGGAGACUCUGCAGACCCUGGAGACGCUGGUCCUGCCCAAGCUGAGCGUCCCUGAAGCUCCUCCAGCACCUUUGCCAAACCUGAGCGCCAGCUUCACCCCGACUCCCCCCAUCUCCUCAGUUUCCCCCACCCUGCAGGUGCCCUCCACGCCCCCCUCGCCGCCCCUGAGCUCCAACCCCGACCUGGACAUUGACACGGACAUCGAAUCUGUGGCUUCCCAGCAGCUGGAGCAGGCCCAGAGCCUCCAGCACCAAUCCCCAGAGCCCAAAGAGCAGCAGGAUUCAGCUGGGCUGGAGAAGGAAUUUGCAAAUCACCUCUCCAGAUCGAAAAAACCCAAAGGGCUGGAGCUGGCUCCCACUCUGGUCAUCACAGGCAGUGAUCCCAGUCCUCUGGGCAUCCUGAGUCCUUCUCUGCCAACUGCUUCUCUUACUCCAGCACUUUUCUCUCAGACUCCCAUCCUGCUGACCCCCAGCCCUCUGCUCUCCAGCAUCCACUUCUGGAGCACGCUGAGCCCCGUGGCUCCUCUCAGCCCUGCCCGCCUGCAAGGUGCUAACACCCUCUUCCAGUUUCCAUCCGUGCUGAACAGUCAUGGCCCAUUUACACUCUCUGGACUGGAUGGACCCUCCACCCCUGGGCCCUUUUCCCCGGAUCUGCAGAAGACAUAGCACAUGGAAUUCCUGCAGAAGGACACAGUGGGCAAGGCAGAGAUGGGACACUUCCCUUCAACCACCUUUUUUUAAAACAAGCAGUUUGUAAUUCCACAGAGAUUCUCAACAGUUGGAGUUGUUGCCAUUCCUGAAUCAAAAAAAAAAAAAAAAAAAAAAGCCUUUUUUUGUGCAAAAAUUCCCCCUUUUUUUGGAAGAACCCAGGUUGGGAAUGUAUAUGCAAACGCCUUAAUAGGAGCUGCAGCUCCAGUCUCUUCUCCUCCUCUGUUUGGAAGGUUUUUUCCCCAUGUCCAAAAGGAAUUUUGGGUGGUGUUGCAGCAACUGAGUCUGCACUGACUGCAGCAAACAGCACCAGAGGAGGCUUUUCUCUGUGACUCUUGGAAAAAACAGACAAACAAAACUCUGUUCUUCUGCUUCCUGUGCUCAGCAAGGAGAACCCUGAAUCCUGAUGGAAGCUGGCAUUCCAGGAAAAACUUGGGAAUGGGGUGUGUGCUGCCAGCUGUGCCCUGGGGCACCACAACUUGUGCAGCAACAAAAGCACUGGGGCUUUUCUGCUGCCCUUGUGUCAUUUUUUUUUUCUUUUUGUUUUGUUUUUUGCAGGGAGAAAUUUUUUUUUCAAGGAUUUAUUCCAAGUUUAUGUCCAGGACACUUCUGUGGAGCCCCUGGGAGAAGAGGUGGGGCUGGAUUUGGGAUGCUUCCCUUCCCAGGAAUGGUUGGGAUGAGCUCCUUUCACUUCUCACAGAGUUUGAAUGCUGGAGUCCAAACAUUUCUUGUGCCACAGCCUGGGAGCUCCCUGCUGGAUCAGCAGGAUGGGAGGAUUUUCCCUGCAGUUUUGGGGGAUUUCCCCUGGGUUUUGGGGGGAUUUCCCCUGGGUUUUUGGGGGGAUUUUCCCUGGGUUUUUGGGGGGAUUUUCCCUGGGUUUUUACCAGGGAAGUUGCUGCCUGACCUGCAAUUCCAGAGCCCAGCAGUGUGAGUGAGAACAGCAACAUCCCAGCAGUAGUGUUGCUCUUCUUUCCCCACAGUUCUGGAAAAGCUUCCUGCUUUUCCCCACGUGGAAAAGCUCCUCUUUUGCCAGCUCUUAUCCCAAGUUCUGCAGUGGAGCUGUUGAUUUUGGGUUUUUUUUUUGGAGGGAGCACUGACCCCAAACCAGGUUGAGGGAUUCCAUGGGGUUUAAGCUCGUGGUAAAUCUGCUUUCACCUCCUUGGUGUCCUGGAUUAAUGAUGCAGGAUUGUUUCCCAGAGCCAUUGGAGGUGAGAUGGAAUUUCUAGGUGGAUUUUUACACCUCAGGAGGCCUUUUAAGAAAACUGAGGGGUGAAAAAAUGAGAGCUGCUCCUCUCUCAGCCCCUCAGCCUGGGAGUGUUGGGCUGUGGGUCUGUGUCCUUCCAAUGUGGGGCAUCUGAUGUCAGGCAGCAACUUCUGGCUUUGAGUUGGGCGUGUCAGAGGAUCUUCCCCAUCAAAUAUUCCCAGAAAACAGAUGGAGACAUCUCUUUCCUUCACCAUCCUCUGAGCUGCCACGAGCAGAGGAAGAUUUUCUCCUCUCCAGCACGAGGAGCUGACAGAGUUUGCUGUAAAUACUGCACCUAUUCCAUGGAUAAGUGGUGAACUCAAACUUUUCCAGAGGUUUUUUUUUUUCUUUCCUUCUGCCACUUUUGCAGGCUUGGAAUUCCCUUUAAAGCCACAACACCCAGGACUUUUCUUUUCCUGCAGUGAUGUUCCCUUUCUAUCUCCUGACAUUGAGAUACAGAAAAACCACUUUGGUGUGUUCCUGACGUGACACCUGGGACAGGUGGGUGGAACAGAGUCGCUUUUUUUGGGCAUUGUUCACCUGCCCAGGGGAAAAGUGGGAGAAAAAAAUACUCCUUUUUCAGGUGGAGAAGCAGGGAGUGAGCUCAUGGAGUGACCUGUCUUCCUGUUGGCUCCUGUCAGAGGCAAAAAAUGCUUCACAUUUAGACAUCAGCAGAUGCAGGAGGAAAUUCCUGCGCCAGCAGCUCUUAAAAUGUGCAAUAUUGACCUUUUUUUUUAAUUUUAUUUUUAUUUUUGAAACGCAGAAGCGAAGCUGCAGGUGAUCAUGAAGAGCAGGCAUCUGGAAUUUUUUUUUUUGGUUUGCAUGUUUGGAGCCUGCUCUGGGAAAUUUCUAGAGUUUGUAUAAAUAGCAGCACUUUGGUUGGUUCAGGUUGGCCAAUUUUAUGCCUACCAAAUACUUGGACUUUUGACAUUUGCAGGCUGGGAUUCGAAUUGAAAAUUCAUGAAUGAGCACUAAAAACUUGCAAUUUAAUUGCUUCCCUUCCCCCUUGUUCCCCUGUGGAGAAAAGCCAAGUUUAGCUGUUGAAAAUUUGUGCACUUAAUUCUUUGUGAGCUUUUAUGGCUUUGGGCAGAGGGUCAAGCCCAAAAAAUGUUAUUUGUGGGCUCCUGCUCCUCUCCAAGAAGCUUCCCAAAAUUGCUGUGCCACAGAGAUCCAGCUUUUCCUGUGGAAAUGCAGCCUGGAUGGGAAAGUUUCCACCAGGUAAAACACGAAAAAAUAAAAAUGAGGCAGGAAAAAAAAUCAAUGUGGACAGGAUGAGAAGCUCAGGAAGCGGCUGGGAAAGCUGAUGGGAAAGGGAGAGGAGGUGGGAGAGGAGCAGCUUUUGCUGCCUUUUCUCCACUGCAAUUUUCAGGUCACUGAAGGGAAUAUUUCCCUGUUCAUGUGCUGCCUCUUCAGGCCCAUGCACUGACAGGGAGCUGCCAGCUUUUCCUGGGUCACAUUCCUGACAGAGCCUCCCUGGGGGCUCAGCUCUGUCAGCUGCUGGUUCUUUAGGUCACUUCAGGAGCAGUUUGUGCAGCUCCUCACAACUUGUUUUUAAUUUAGCCUAAGGCAGGUGGGGUUAGAGUAGAUUCUGGUUUAGUUCUGUACCGUGGUGAUUUAAAAAAAAAAAAAAAAAAGGAAAAAAAAUUUAAAAUGCAGCAUUACAGAAGCUUUUUUUUUUCUUAGGUUCCUGUUGCUGGAGUAGCUUUGGUUUUGUGGAAUGCUUGGUAAUUUUUGCAUCAGUUUGUUCCUGGCUGGCUUGGGUUUUGUGGAAGGUCAAAGCAUUUUGGUAGAACAAAAGAGUUUGGUGGAAGACAGACAAGAACCCAGCAUCCUCCCCAGCCUCUGGAGGUGGGAAUAAACCCCUACUGUUGGUCACACCUUCCAUGAAACCCAAAAAUUCUAAUUCUCUAGGAUUUAGGGAAUCCUGGAAGCAGAACUCGUGUCUUGCUUCUGGAAAUCUUUUUAUUUUUUUGGUUUAUUUUUCCAUGGGGAGCUGCUGCUGCUGCCUGGCUCUCUUUGGGAUCCUGGAUUUUCAGAGUUCCUGGCAGGAGCAGCUCAUGGAGGCAGAAAAAUGGCCCAUGGUUAUAGAGACCUUGGUGUUCUGUCUUUCCUGGUAAAAAGAGGGUGAUGGAGGAAUUUUGGGUUUUUUUUAGCAGCAGCUUUAGGUUUAGAGCUUUCUUUCAGAUCUGUCCUCAGCAGGGGAUGCAAUUCCUGUGCCCAGAUUUUGGCACAUUCAAGCUCUGUUUUGCAAUAGGAAGGGAUAAAUAGGAAGGGAUAGAGUCCCUGGAGUUGGACAAUUCCUUGUUUUCACUUGGAGCAUCCCCAGGCUUCACACCCAUGGAAUCUUUGGGGUGAUGGAGUGCUGUGUGAGAGCAGAAGGGCUUUGGUUGGGAUCAUUUCCCCCUCUGAUGCAUUUUCAGACCUCAGCUAUCUCACAAAUGGAACACUUUGGGUUUUUGAUGCUGAUUCUGAGGGCAGUGAAGCUGCUGAGGUGCAGAUCUCCCUUCUCCAGCUUCCCCCAGCCCAGGGAGCUGCAUCCCUGGGGAUUCCUGUGGGUUCCAGCUGGGCUGGCUGGGAGUGAAGGGCUCUGCUCCCCUCCUGGAGCUUUUCCUCCCACUGAGAUCAGCUCUGCCCCUCUCUUGUGGGUUCAUUCCUUUAUUUACCUUGUUUUGCUCCUGUUUUCUGGCAGUUUUUGAUGUGCUGUGCAGUUGAACCUCUCCCAUUUUUAAGGCAGAUUUGUUUCCAGUCCAUCUCAGUGUCAGCUCUGGAAAUCAACCUCAGCAGAGGGUCAGGGAACGUUAAAAUCCACAGGAACUUAGAAACUUUUGAGUUGUGGGUGACUGUUUUGGUUUGUUUCCUUCCUCAGGUCUGUGAGGAAUAGAAUCUGGAUCUGGAAGAGUAGAAAUGGGGGGGAAAAAAAGAAAAUAAGAGACCUUUUGGCCUCUGAGCUGGUGGGAUGGGGUGGUUUUGUCUUCAAAAUCAGAGUGGGGUGUUGCAAGCAGCCCCUGAGAGGAGCUCAAAAUUCUUGAAUAUUCACUCAGGAGCUCUCCAGGGUGUUUGAUGAGGGUGGUGCUGCCUAAACAGAGGUUUGUGGGUUGAUUUGGAGUUAAUUAAGCAGCAAUUAGCAGUGGUUGUUGAGUGUGAGCAGAUCCAGGGGAGUGGGACAGGUUGGAGCUGCUGGAAUCAGAGCUGGCAGAGGAGGAUUUUGGGAUCAAAUGCAAUUGAUCCCAAAAGUUUUAUGUCCCUUUGCCUUGGGGAAUGCUUAUUCCCCUCUGGUUUUAGAGCUGAGAAGUUGAUUUGGAAUAAUAAAGCUGGAAAAAAAUUAAAAAGGGAGAAAAAUCUAGGGAGACACAGCAGUUGUGUGCGAGAUCUGGAAUUCAUCUGGGGGUGAAUCCUUCUCCAGCAGGAAUUCUGGGAGGCCAGAAUCCUGGGAAUCAGCACACAUCCAGCAGCAGCUGCUCCAGCUUCCCUGGGCUGGGCAGGUUUUUUGUGUCUUGGGGGGAUUUAAAUCAAUUUCAAUCAAUUUUUAGUUCCCCCAUCCAGCUGUGUGCGUUGUCCUGUGCAUUCCUGGAGUGCACAUCUGGUUUGGGAAGGUGGUUUUGGCAGCUGCUCCAACUUCGCUGGGCUGGGCAGGUUUUUUGUGUCUUGGAGGGAUUUAAAUCAAUUUAAUUCAAUUUUUAGACACUCCAGCACCCCCAUUCCCAUCCAGCUGUGUGCCUGUGUUGUCCCCCUGUUCAUUCCUGAGGCUUUUUUGGGGCACAGAAUUCACUGGGAGUGACUGGGGAAUGGAGAGGUGGCUCUGGACAGAGAGAAAUCCUUGGGAAUGGAACCAAAUCUUCCUGCAGAGCCUGAUUUUAGUCAGGAGGACAAAACAGAGGAGCCACAAGGGCAGUGCUGCCCAUUCCUGUCGGGAUUCCCUGAAUGGCUUGGGGCAGAAAGGUGAAAUUUUGGGUUUGGUGUCAGUAAAUCCCGGACUGAGGGAUUUUAUUCCUGCCUUUGUGCCAGGAACAAGCAGGAAUCAGGAGAAUGUGUUCCCUGCAGGUUGUUUUUCUGUCUGACCACAGGUGGGCAAGGCCCUGUUUCUCCCUGGAUAUUCCAACAUUUCCCUGUUGGAACAACAAAAUAUCUGCUUCCUAUAAAUUAUUUUGGAACAAAACCACUCUAAAAACUGGCAAAAAAUGAAUUUUGUUUCCACCUCCCAAAGAAAGCAGCAGAUUUUGCUUGUGGAGCUCUUCCAGGCCCUGAUGAGAAGCACACUCAGAGCUGAAAAAUUGUAUUUUUUUUUUAGAUUCCUCAGUGUUUAAGUCUGCCUGGAGCACACGUGGGUCAUGCCUGGCAGGAUGUGUUCCCAAAAAUCCAUAUAAAUAUCCCCAUCCUCCCUCUGAGCAGAUUCUGCACUCUGCAGUGGCCACUUUGAAAUACUUUGCACUCCCUUGGGAGGUUUUUUUGGGGUUUUUUCUUCUCUUUUAGCACUCAAAUCAAUCCUGCCCCAGCGUGCACUCGUGAGUUGCCAAAGGUUUAUUUUUGACAUUGUUGGUUGCCACAUCUCCUGUAAAAAAAAAAAUGUCUUAAAUGUGUUUUUGAGUAGUUUUGUGUGCAUGGAACAAAAGUUUGGGCUUGAUUUCAAAGAUUUCUCUGCUGAGCUUGUGUUGGAGGAGGUUUUCAUCUCAAAGCAGGGGUGGAACAGGAGAAUCCUGAGCCUUUGGAAAUCAGGGAUCUGAGUGAGGAGAGGCUGCAGCUGAUCCCAGCCCCGUUUCAGCAGUGCUGUACCAAUAACUGGAAGCUGUUGUUGUUUAUUUUGAUUUUUUCCCUUUCCUUUAGGGUGAUUUUUCUGUGUUUUUUGGAACACAGGAAGGCUCUGAGGGUGGCCUGUGCAUGGAUCCUGGAGUGUGCUGUGUGCUGGGGUGGGGGGCUCCAAUUUUCCAAUCCCUGGCUUUGCUCUCAGCUCCCUGGGAUGAGUUUUGGGGCUGUAUUUUUAUUUUUCCCUAGCAUGUCCUAACCCCUCCAAGCUUUGAAACCGCUUCCUAGAAUUGUGUUGACUUUUUAUUUUUCUGUUGUUAUUGUGCUGUUGUUCAGUUGCACAGAGUUUUGUUUUUUUUUUUCUGUAUAAAAUAUACUUUUGAAACGUUUCAUUCUCUGUGAACAGGGUUGAGAUUUAUUCUUUGUAGCUUUGAAAAAGAUCCUGAAAUUCCCUUUUCCAACCUGUUUUGUAGCCUGUUGCAGUGUUACCAGAUGGCCUUAUGUACGUCACAGUGCUUUGUGAUGGGUACAGUAGCACAUUUAAUGCUUCUUCCCCUCUGUUUUUAGAGCUGAGAAGUUGAUUUGGAAUAAUAAAGCUGGGAAAAAGAAAAAAAAAAAAAAAAAAAAAAAAAGGGAAAAAUUCCAGGGAAACACAGUGGUCAUGUCCCCUACAGGAGAUCAGGGCAGCUGGAAUUCAUCAUCCUUCUCCAGCAGGAAUUCUGGGAGGCCAGAAUCCUGGGAAUCAGCACACAUCCAGCAGCAGCUGCUCCAGCUUCCCUGGGCUGGGCAGGUUUUUUUUGUGUCUUGGAGGCAUUUAAAUCAAUUUAAUCAAUUUUUAGCCACUCCAGCACCCCCACCCAGCGCUGUGUGUUGUCCUGUUCAUUCCUGGAGUGCACAUCUGGUUUGGGAAGGUGAUUUUGGGGUGGUUCCUUGCUGGAAUUUUCAGGCUGAGCUGGAUUCUUGGCAGUUUUUUGGGAGCUGGGAGCAGAUCCCUCCCUCUGGAAUUCUGGGCUGGAGUUUUGCCUUUCCCAGUUUUACCUGGCUGGGAUUUUCAGAACAAUCAGUGGGGGAAACUCCCCUGAAAGCAGCAGAAAGGGGGAACAUUUCCAGUGGCUCUUUCCAGAACAGAGUUGCAUUUUUCUUUUCUCUAUAAAUAUAUAUAAAUAUAUAUAUAUAUUACAAAUUCAAGAGGCAAAGUUAUGUUGUAGUGAGUGUCUGAAACUUCCUGCACUGGAGACUUUUCUGGACAAGACAACUGUAAAAGUCACCCCUUGUUCCAGCCAGGUGACCCUGCCUGGGACAGAAUUGCUUCUCAGUCUAACUUUUUAUUUUUAAAUACCUUAUUAGAGUAUCUUAAUGCCAUUGUGUUUAAAAAAAAAUGCUGGUAUGUAAUGCAAGUACAUAAAUAGCCAAAGUUUUCAGUAAUUGUUCAGUGUUACUAAAUUUUGCUUUUAUUUAACCUUCUGAGAUAACAUUUAGGAAGACCUUCAGCGUGGAAAUCAUCCUGAAAAUUCAGAGUAUGAGCAACUGGAUUAGGGCAGGGAUGGAGUUGUUUGAGCACAUUUCAGGUUUGAAUACAAUCAGGAGGCAAAGCUUUUAAGAUGCAAAACUUUCUUUGCACUGUCCUGACACUUCAAAGUGACAAAUGCUGCUUUGGCAGUGGCUCUUUGGGAAUUGUUAUUCAAACAUCAUGAAGGUCUUUCCUGAGAAAUCAGGUGACUUUUUUCUAUUGCUUCGAUUUAUAAAAA